CCCCAAACACAGCCCACUCCAGCGGCUGCCUCUGAUAAAGUAAAGUUAAAACACAUAAAAAAAGACAGUAUUGGUGUAUAAUGGCUUUUCGAAAAAGGGUUCAAAGUUCACGGAAACAGAAGAAAAGAAAAACAGAAGUGAAUGGUUGUGGUCAUCUCUAGACCUGAUGUUGGUACAUCGACGUUUGCAUGUCAAAAGAAUGCCACGAGACUGUGUGCCCAGAUUCCAUCCGGUCAUACCAUAGUGACCUGGCCGUGCACCAUUGGGAGGCAAAGGGAAACAAGUAGCUGAUCAUCAUCAGACAACGGCCAGUGCGAGUUGGUUUUACUCGAUUAUGCUGUCAUCGAACGCAUCGCAGUCCUCACUGCUCACAGCCACACCCCUUGCCUCCCUCCAUGCUGCCAUUUCAGCGAUAGGCACGCGACCCCGGAGGAACCUCAGUGUAGCAUCGGUGCCUCUCUCAAGAACAUUAAAUCUGGGAACGCGGAACCGAUUGCCCAUGACAUCCAGACGCUCCAAAGUUCCAUUCUCGAUCCCACCAAGAAGCCCAAUCCGGGGGUUGAGAUGGGCAAUGUCGUUAUUGGAAGCGUCAACUAUCCGCAUGCCCUUUAUGGCCUCGGGCUCCAAAUCCGCCAAGUGGUUGUUGGCAAUGAGCAAUACUGACAGCUCUGGAAAUACAUCCCUUAAUCCAGUCCCAGUUGGAAGGGCUGCAAUACGAUUCAGCUCCCUGAGCGCAAGAAGCUCCAGCUUCAGUCCACCACCGCUGGCGGCCAUGUCUCCCAUGUAUGACUCCCCCAUAAGCUGGUUAUGUGAAAGAGACAAAGACACAAGGGUGUGAGAAAAGAAAGUAAGGGAUUCGGGUAUGAUCGAGAAAAGAUUGUGAUGAAGCUGAACUUCGCGCACGUUAUGUUCGUUGGCGACACGAGAGCAUGACACAGGAUGAAGAGCCGAGGAUUGUGUGUUCGACCUAUCUAGCAGGCCGCCCGGUCUUACCGUCCAUUGCUCGCUGGACAAUGUAUGUGACCGUGAACGCGCGGCUGGCGAUUGAGGAGCCGAUGUAGGCGGCGUCGCAAACUUGUCGCUCA